AUGGCUCGUGACUCUAAAACCAUCAAUGUCGCCUUUGAUUUCUUAUGUUUUAUUUUAGUACUAAUUGAUUAUUUGGUGACGAAGACUUUGGUGUAUGGUACAACUGAUAAGCUAUACCCGAUUAAACAGGGAUUCUUCUGUGAGGACAAAAGUAUUCAGCUGCCGUUUAAGGAACCUUGGAUGGACUACGCAGGUCUCUGUGCGCUGACUUAUAUUGUUCCCAUAGUUUUGAUUCUGAUAGUUGAGUCCUGUAACAACUGGAAACGAUCCGGAGAAAUCGAUGAAGAGGAGGAAGAAUCCUUUGGGCCAAUCACCAUAAAGCCCUGGAUUGUCAGCACGAUUGCCUUGAUAUUUGUCUUCGUGUUUGGCGGAUUUCUGAAUGAAAUCAUCACCGACCUCGCCAAGAUAAGUGUGGGUCGCCUUAGACCCAACUUCAGGGAUGUGUGCCGGGCCAACUUGACUCAAAUUGAUUGUCAGCAAGGAUACAUCUCUGAUGGGAUGUGCACUGGGGACGAGUAUAACGUCAAAAUGGCCAGGAUGUCUUUCCCAUCCGGCCAAUCUUCUUUGACCAUGUAUGCCAUGUUGUAUCUUGCGUUUUAUAUCCAGUCAGCUGUGAAGACAGAAACGAAGCUGAUUAAGCCAUUGCUCCAGAUCGUGGUCGUGUCUCUGGCGCUCUUCCUGGGACUGAGCCGAAUCGCUGAAAAUGCUCAUUUCUUGAGUGAUGUUGUUGCUGGUUUCGUGCUUGGAGCCAUCAUUGCCUGGCUUAUGACUUUCAAGGUGCUGAAGUUGUUCGCCAUUCGAAUCCAUAAGCCUAAAGUUUACACUUUGUUACCACAGCAGUCGACGCAGAUCUCAACUGAGGACUAAGGAACUGACAAGGACUCACGAAAACGGAAUACCAGAUACUUUUGUAUUAUUUAAAUAACCCUCAACACCCUCACAUCCGUAUGAAUACUGCACCUUAAACGUUUUCUGUGCCACUUACAAGGAGAAUUUGCUUGACUAUCACGAGUGUCUUUAGUUUCCGAUCAUUUCCACAUUAUCAUAUAUUAUUGUUAUUAUUAUCAUCAUUAUUACCUUAAUUUUUGAUGCAGAAGUGAUACUGUGAGGAUAAAUCAGAUCCCAGUCUUCAGCCAAAACAUCUCUUGUAUCUUUAGCUCUAAUUAUUUGGUGUCAAGUCAAGUAAUACAAAUACUCAGAAACAAAACUUUCACUAGAAAGUGUCUAUUGAAAAUUAGGAUUCAGUACAAUAUUAUUCUAAGUGAAAAGUUUACGAGAGCCG